AGCACCCAAGGGCCGGUGGUUCCGUUUUAUCACUUCCGCUUCCUGUUUCCAGGCUUAACUCCGGCCCGGGUUCAGCGUUCGAGCUACGAGUUGUGUCGUCGCCACAAUGAUUGAGGUGGUUUGCAACGACCGUCUCGGAAAGAAAGUCCGCGUUAAGUGCAACACUGAUGACACCAUUGGCGACUUGAAGAAACUGAUAGCUGCUCAAACUGGCACCCGCUGGAACAAGAUCGUUCUUAAAAAGUGGUACACGAUUUUUAAGGACCACGUGUCUCUGGGAGAUUAUGAAAUCCACGAUGGGAUGAAUCUGGAGCUUUAUUACCAGUAGAGGGGAAUUCCUCCUCCUCCUCCUCGCCCCACUCUGCCCUGCCCUGCCUUCCUCUCCCACCCUCACUUGACACUGGUGUAGAUGGUCAUUUUUAACAGUCCACAUGAAUAAAAACAUGGCUGCUGCUUUACUGCUGUCA